UUCACCCGUCAGUCGGCGCUUAGAUACCGGGUUGGUAACAACUCAAAUACGCAGACAAUUUUCCUAUGUUUAUGAAAAUCAUUAGAGAUUGUUUAAAGUGAGAAAGAUGACUGCAAUAUUCGCAAGAAAUCAGUUAUAAUAAGUAAAUAUACUUUAAACUGGACUAUUCCAUAGUUAGAAGAUGGAGGAAGGUUGGAACAGUGUGAAGUGGGUUUGGAGUAUUCUACUUCUUAUGGUUGUAUUGGGUGGGGCGGAAGGCGGAGAAAUUACUUGCCAUGCUAUUAGAUAUACUUUUCUUAAUAAAAAUCUAGAUGUCACGGAUGUACCCAGAUCCCCACAGCAAGGAAUACAUUUGCAAAUAUGUCCCCGAGGUGUCACCUGCUGCACCCCUGAGAUGGAGAGCAAGCUUUGGACCCUUACUAGAGAAUCAUUCACUUCAUCCCUCUCAUCCACAACCAAACCUUUACAAGCUCUUUUCCAAACCAAAUCUAGAUUAUUUUCAGAUUUUUUCUCCGAGCUUCUGGCAAACUCAAAAAGAGAUUUUCAUAUAAUGUUCAAGAAAACCUACGGUAUCCUAUAUGAGCGGAACUCUGACGUUUUCACGGAUUUCUUCAAGAAUCUGGAGGAUUACUACGAGACAGGAGGAGUAGACUUAGAGGAAUCCUUGAGAAAAUUCUUCUCACAACUCUAUCAAAGAAUGUUUACAGUCCUCAACUCCCAGUACACCUUCGAUCAAAGUUAUCUUCAAUGUGUGAGUAAGAAUAUGAAGAAACUUCAACCCUUUGGAGACGUUCCGAAGAAAUUAAGUCUUCAGCUCCGGAGAAGUUUUGUUGCAACCCGAACCUUCUCCCAGGCUCUCAUAGAAGGGAAGAAGAUCCUAACCAAGGUUCUAAAGAUAGCUCCUAAGGACAAGUGUGUAGAAGCUAUGACAAGGAUGAUGAGCUGUCCGUCCUGCCAGGGACUACCAGCUAUCCGUCCUUGCUCCGGGUACUGUCAUAACGUCAUGAAUGGAUGUCUUGCUCAUCAUACGGAGUUAGCUGAUAGUUGGGAUAGAUUUAUAGAUAGCCUGAUUUCCGUCGGAGAGAGGCUUAUUGGUCCUUUCAACAUUGAGGCGGUGGUGGAACCAAUUGACAUUAAAAUAUCAGACGCGAUCAUGAAUUUUCAAGAGAGCGGGUAUGAGGUCACGCAAAAGGUGUUUGAGGACUGUGGACAACCACGGUUAGGGAGAAGACAGGCUGGAGGGUUUGGAUUCAACCAUCCUGCUCAGGUGGAUCGGAGUAAACCCAAUACCGCUGCUGGAACCAAUCUAGACAGUCUGGUCAACGAUAUAUUGACAAGUAUGAAGGGAACGAAGGGAUUCUGGACCAAGCUCCCGUAUAUCCUGUGUGAGAAUCCUGAGGUUGGAUCUGGGAAGGAUCGGGUUCAAACCAACUGUUGGAACGGGAGAGAGCGCGGGACCUACCAGGAGAAGGUGGUCAAUGACGGUCUCUCCUCCCAGGCCGAGAACCCUGAGGUCUCGAUCGACACAAGCCUAGCAGAUGUCGAGAUUAACGAACAAAUAUUCGCCUUAAAGCUUGUGAUAAACAAACUAGAAAAUGCUUACAAUGGUCAUGCUGUAGAGUGGCCUCACUACGAACCAAAAUAUCCGAAUGACUCUGGAUACUACGGGUCUGGAGAUUGUUAUGAUGAUGAGGAUUGUGUGAUAGAGGGAUCCGGCUCCGGGGAUAGAGAUGAUACGGAUGACUGGGACGAGGACGGGAGCGGAGAAGGAGGAGAGGAUGAUCCGAAGGGAGAACCUACUCCACACUGGCCUCCCUGGGUUACAGAUAAGACUCCUAAGUUGGAGAAGGAGAAUGAGAUUGGUGAUCAAGGAAUUGAGCUAGAGACUGAUCAGGAGAAACCUAGAAGGAUUAGUAAUAGUGCUAGCUCACUAUUAUACUCAAUAGUUAUACAAUAUGCUCUUCCUGUUCUUAUCUGUUAUCUGGGGGGACUUAUCUAAGUCUUCUUAGGGUGGGUUGGAGAUCUGAACUCUUGUAGGAGAACUAAAUCCAACCCUGCCUCCCAACCUUCCUACUGGAGCUGUGAUUCUUCUUUGUCAUAUAUAAAGUAAUAUUAGUGAAAUGUGAUCAAUUAUGUAUUUUGUGUAGACUAGUUGAAACUAGUUUUCUACCCUUAAGUUUAGACUAGAACUCUAUCUUAGUUCAGACUAGUAAAUUCCCCUAGUACAGACUAGUGUAGAGACUAGUUUUUAACUUUUAUAAUUCUAGUCUUAAAAGCCUGAACGUCAGGUUAAAUCCUAUCAUGCAGAUUCCUAUAUUCCGAGCUAUUCAUUCAGAUUUUACAAAAAAGGGGUAGGGAGAUAUAUUUUGGAAAGGAGAGGUAAGGGGAAGGCGCUUUAAAAGGAAUGGGGUUUAGACCCUUUUAACUCUUAUUUGUCUUUUGAUAUUGAGAACAAAUUUUAGUAGUAAACCUGUGCCAAAGGUCUGGGGCUGUACCGUGAUAUCUGGAUUCAACAAUACGUGUAUCUGGGUUCCUGGAUACAACACUGUAUAUCUCGGUUCCUGGAUACAACACUGUAUAUCUAGGUUCCUGGAUAUAACACCGUAUAUCUCGGUUCCUGGAUAUCUAGGAUCCUGGAUACAAAACUGUAUAUCUCGGUUCCUGGAUACAACACGGUAUAUCUGGGUUCCUGGAUACAACACUGUUUAUCUAGGAUCCUGGAUACAACACGGUGUAUCUAGGUUCCUGGAUGCAACACUGUAUAUCUAGGAUCCUGGAUACAACACUGUAUAUCUCGUUUCCUGGAUACAACACUGUAUAUCUAGGUUCAUGGAUACAACACUGUAUAUCUAGGUUCCUGGAUACAAAACUGUAUAUCUAGGUUCAUGGAUACUUUAAUACAAUACAAUCCAUGACAGCUUGUAUUUCUCCGACUGCUCUCUAGCUGUCAUAUUAUUAUAUUCAACAAUACAGGAAAUUUUCAUAGUCAAUAUUAAAAAUAUUUUGAAUCCCAAAUUUAGAUUUCACUCCCCCAACCACCCACCCCCCUUGCAUCCGUCCCUGUCAAGUUGAUCUUUGGCUGUGUUAUUGUUGAAUCCUCCCUAUUCUAAGUUACCUCUCGCCGAAACCAAAAUGCUUUCGAAUUUCCUUCCUUCUCCAUUUUGUUUAUAAACAGGGUUUAAUACUGUAUAUUGUAUAGAUAAUACAAUACUAAAGAGAUGGUGCUAGGCUAUAGUGCUGCCAAGUUACUUGUUAUUGAUUAGUUGUAUUGAUAUGGUACAUAAAACAAUAAAUGUGAAAAAUUAAAGAUAAAUAUACUAUUCUAUGUAUUU